UUGGCAGCGGAAGAGGCACGACGAGAACAGAAGACCGAAUCGGGACCGUUUGCCGUUCGAAAGUCCACUCUCGCUUCUAAUGCUCCAGUAAAAGAAAAGGGGCCAUCGUCAUUGUUCAUCUUUUCUGAGGAUAACUUCAUCCGACGAAACGCCAAGGCGAUCAUAGAAUGGGGCCCCUUCGAGUACUUCAUCCUGCUUACUAUUAUAGGAAACUGUGUCGUGCUCGCCAUGGAACAACAUCUUCCAAAAAACGACAAAAAGCCGCUUUCCGAGCUUUUGGAGCGUACCGAGCCAUACUUCAUGGGUAUUUUCUGCUUAGAAUGUGUGCUGAAGAUCGUUGCUUUUGGUUUUAUUGCUCAUAAAGGAUCAUAUUUGAGAUCCGGAUGGAACAUCAUGGAUUUCAUAGUAGUAGUCUCUGGGUGA